CCGACCCUGGGGCUAGUGGUCACAGCGGGGCUUGUGGCGCUCUGGCCUCGUUCGCCGCAGUUCGGCUACCGCCGCCGCCUUCGUCCAGGUUCCUAAGCAGGCCUGGCCCGGCCCAGCCGGGAGUAGAACGAGGCCCUGGAGCAGCCACGGUCCCCGCCGCCGCCGGCAUCGGCCAAGGCGCAGAUGUCGCCGAGGAUGGGGAAAGUGGGAGCCGCCCCCAACCGUCGCCUAGCCAGCGUCCGCGGUGUGCCCGCGUCCUCGCCUCCCGGGCGCCGCGCUCGUCUGUCGUCUCCUGGGACCAGCCACCAGCCCUCGGAGGCGCGGGAGGAGAUGCGGCGCCGCCUCCGGAACCUCAUCGAGGGAAACCGGGUGAUGAUCUUCAGCAAGACCUACUGUCCUCACAGCACGCGGGUUAAAGAACUCUUUUCUUCUUUGGGAGUUGACUAUAAUGUCUUGGAACUUGAUCGGGUUGAUGACGGGCCCCGUGUUCAAGACAUGCUGACAGAAAUCACUAAUCAGAAAACUGUGCCCAAUAUUUUUGUGAAUAAAGUGCAUGUGGGGGGAUGUGACCGAACUUUCCAGGCUCAUCACAAUGGUUUAUUACAGAAGCUCCUUCAGGAAAGCUCAGCAAAUGAUUACGAUCUCAUUGUCAUCGGUGGUGGUUCUGGUGGCCUCUCUUGUGCAAAGGAAGCUGCCAUUUUGGGAAAGAAGGUUAUGGUUCUAGACUUUGUGGUUCCCUCACCUCAAGGCACAUCCUGGGGCCUUGGUGGUACUUGUGUGAAUGUUGGCUGUAUUCCUAAGAAAUUAAUGCAUCAAGCUGCCCUUCUAGGACAGGCCUUACAAGAUUCAAGGAAAUUUGGCUGGGAAUAUAAUCAACAAGUAAAACACAACUGGGAGACCAUGACAGAAGCAGUCCAGAAUCACAUUGGCUCUCUUAAUUGGAGCUACAGGUUGUCUUUGAGGGAAAACGGUGUGGCCUAUGUCAACGCCUACGGAGAAUUUGUGGACCUUCAUAAAAUCAAGGCAACCAAUAAAAAAGGACAGGAAACUUAUUUUUCUGCUUCAAAAUUUGUCAUUGCAACGGGUGAAAGGCCACGGUACUUAGGAAUCCAAGGAGAUAAAGAAUACUGUAUUACUAGUGAUGACCUCUUUUCCCUGCCUUACUGCCCUGGCAAAACGUUAGUGGUGGGUGCCUCUUACGUCGCCCUGGAAUGUGCGGGAUUUCUUGCUGGCUUUGGCUUAGAUGUCACAGUCAUGGUGCGUUCCGUCCUCCUUCGCGGCUUUGAUCAAGAAAUGGCAGAGAAAGUGGGUUCCUACAUGGAGAAACAUGGCGUUAAGUUCUUAAGAAGAUUCGUACCUCUGAUGGUUCAGCAGUUGGAGAAAGGUUCACCUGGAAAGCUGAAAGUAUUGGCUAAAUCCACCGAAGGACCAGAAACUAUCGAAGAUGUUUAUAACACAGUUUUGCUCGCCAUUGGUCGUGACUCGUGUACAAGGAAAUUAGGCUUGGAGAAGAUUGGUGUCAAAAUCAACGAGAAGAAUGGCAAGAUACCAGUAAAUGAUAUGGAACAGACCAACGUGCCUCACAUCUACGCCAUUGGCGAUGUGUUGGAGGGUAAACCGGAGCUGACUCCUCUUGCUAUCCAGGCUGGCAAGCUGCUAGCUCGAAGACUCUUUGGGGCCUCUUUAGAAAAAUGUGAUUACAUUAACGUUCCAACUACCGUGUUCACACCUCUGGAAUAUGGUUGCUGUGGAUUUUCUGAAGAAAAGGCUAUUGAAGUAUAUAAGAAAGAGAAUCUGGAAGUAUACCAUACUUUGUUCUGGCCUCUUGAAUGGACCGUGGCUGGCAGAGACAACAAUACUUGUUAUGCAAAGAUAAUUUGCAACAAAUUUGACAGUGAUCGAGUGAUAGGAUUUCAUAUUCUUGGACCAAAUGCCGGUGAGAUUACCCAAGGAUUUGCCGCUGCAAUGAAAUGUGGGCUCACCAAACAGCUGCUCGAUAACACCAUCGGAAUUCACCCCACAUGUGGGGAGGUGUUCACGACUUUGGAAAUCACCAAGUCCUCGGGACUGGACGUCACUCAGAAAGGCUGCUGAGGGUAGCCCUGCUGCUGUUGGGUUCUCCUUGUCGUGUGGUCCUUUCCUUCAAGGACAGUAACCCUCUGUGCCCACGACACCUGCUCUGCUGCUGGGAGACCAGUACAGGGUCUUCACAGCACAGAGAUGCACAGGGAGACAGGGAGACGGGACAGCAGCAGGGGCCUGUGGUCGUCUUGACUGACGUGAGUGGCAGUUAGGCUGCAUCCUUGACGCCCUGGCUCGGAACCCUCUGGCGAGGUGAGCCACGGCCGACCCUCUCGUGCGUCAGACUUGACCUUCCCUCCUGGACAUCUUGGGCAGCACAGUUAACCUAAGCUAACUUUCAGUUGCUACUGUUUUUAUUCCCACUUUGUUGCUUCUAUGAAGAAAUUUUUCUCAACAGUGAAACUGGCUAGGAAAAGCCAGUUUUCCAGUGUGCAGGCCUGGAAUGCACACGCGCUCCUGGGUUGGUGGCAUUUGGUUAAUGCACGAGUCGCGGACUGUAGAGGACGGGGUACAGCAGCCGAGGACUCUGCACCAGCUGUGGGUCUCAGUCAGCUGUCCUCGAAGGUGCAGUUCAGCCUGCUGGCCACACCCAGACUCAAGCUCCACCCUCGUGUGCAAUGGCCUUGAAGUUAUUCUCUCUUGUUAGUAUCUCUAGACUGGUGUGACUUCUCAUGCAAGAGAAAGAUACUUGAAUUUCUUCUUGUUGAUUUUUAAGAGUAAUAUUAAAAGAUGUUUUCAGUACUA